UGUACACAAAAAGAAUUUAAAUUCCAGUUAGUCUGGAUAAGAUAUAUUUAAUUAAAUUGUCAUUUUCAUUGAGAAACGUAUAAUUGCACAAUGUCUGCUGGAGCGGAAUUAUUAACCACAGUGGACCCACAUCUUAUUCCAGGAUAUGCCGGCUAUUGUCCUCAAUAUCGGUUCAGAUGCGGUGAAACGUACGGAAGUCUAACGCAUAAAUUGCUUAUUGAUCCUACAGUAAAUCAUGCGGAGACGAUCAUUUUAUCGAAUCGAAUCAUCGACGAUUACGAGGUACAAAGGCCACCGAAAAGUGACAUAGACACGGUAAACGCUAGAUACAAGAGGACCGAUCCUUUGUACAAGCAUCCUUUAACGCCAGGAUACGAAGGCUUUAUUCCAAAAUUGAAGGCUAGAACUGGGCAAAGGUACACAGUGCUAGCGACGGAAGGGCUUGGCGAAUUUGAGCGGCAGCAACUGAAAAAUAAAGCAACGCUUAAUGAGCUUAAAAAAACAAUAGCUAUACAAAGUGGACAGGGUGAACCGAGAAAUUUAGAAGAUCGUUUGCUUAUAGAAAGUGAAUUUAAGUUACCUAUGCUAUCGGUCCGUCCUGAUUGCGUUGGUGUAAUGAGAAAUUUAUUUUUGGACGAACAAUACGAAGCACCCAGGGAUCACGCCCCAUCCCCUUAUUUCAUGGACAACGCGAAUCCGAAGAAAUUCUUUGUCAGUCGAUAUGCGGGCCACAUUCCAUACGGAUAUGCACAUUUUGGAAAAUCAAAUAUUGCUGCUACCAACAGCGCUCUUUGCGAUUUUACAUCCGAUUAUCGUAAGAGGCAAAGUACAGAAUGGGCACCGGUGACGAUUUCACGGCCUGAUCCACCGCUUGUAAUCCAACCUACUGCUAUAUAUCACAAACAUGUUGGUAUGCUUCCAAAUUAUCUUGGACAUGUUCCUGGGGAAACGUUCAGAUUUGGUAAAACUUUUGGUGCUGACACUAAAGAUGCAAAAAGAUGGCUUCGUGCUGAUUUCUCUCCAUAAAAUAUGAUAUAUAAUAAAUGAGAUAAUUCUAAAUAACAAAUAUUUAAUAGUACGAUAAAAAAAUAACAAUGGUUUUACUAAUUUUAUUCGUGAUGUAAACUUAUGUAAAGUUAUGUAUUGUAUUUGAUAAUAAAAUUGAACAAACAAUUUUAAUAAAAUCUUAGAUAUAUAUGGUAUGAAA